AUGUCGACUUCUCUUCGCGUCUCUGUCCUCGAGCGUGACACGACGAUCCUCCUAGCAGAGCACGAUACAUUCAAUGAUGCCUCAUGGAUCCUCAAUCUCACUGAAUAUAUCCGAGAUAUUGUGAGCUUUCACAAGAAACUCCUCGCUGGAAUUGGCUUCGGACACCAGAUCCUAGCGCGGACCUUGGGUGCGCGUCAUCCUCAUCAAAUGCACCGGGAUAUUGUCAUGGACAUUCCUGAGGGCUAUAACAAUCUCGGUAGUAGUCCUAUGUGUGCUAUACAUGGGCUUUAUAUGCCUAUGCGCCUGUUGACUGUACAGGCUCAUACUGAAUUCAACGAUUUUAUCAUGUCCUGUCUGUUAGAGACCAAGCACGACAACGGGGGUUUCAACGACAAAACGUUUAAGGAUGAAUUUUGA